AUGUCCACCCGAAAUACACCUGGACCAGCUCCUUAUCCCACUUUACCAACCUACAGUACACCUGACGCUUCCACUUCCACUUCUAUUUCCAUUUCCAGACGGUCAACUCGAACACCGUCAUACGUCUCACGACCCUCCAUACCUAACUUCAAUCAUCGACAACAAUCUAUUGCACCGUCAAUUACAGGAACAUCAACGCCUACAGUCUUGGGAGGAGGAAGUAGAAGAAGGACAUUCAAUUCUAGAGAUGGCGGUGUUGGAAUUGGAGCUGGAACUGGAACUGGAACCUCAACUCCUACUUCGAAAGACGAUUGGGCAAAUAUGGAACCUGAUGAAGUGUUCAGAAGAUUACCUGUAAAUGAAGUGAAAAGAGUCGAGAAUAAAAUGAGGAAUGAAGCUCUGAACAAACAAUCUGAAUUGAGAUCAAUGGUAGGGACAAGAUAUCGUGAUUUAUUAACUUCAGCUACGCAAAUACAAGCACUUCAUUCAUCCUCCCUAAGACUUUCAGAUUCGUUAAGGGAGAUAGCCAAAUCAUGUUUCAAUCCCGAUAUAACUAUCACUUUGGAUGGAGAUGAUAAAGAAGAAGAUGAGGAUGAAGAAGAAGAGCAAGAACAAGAUGUCGUUGAUCUUUUACCCAUUGCUUCUCAUAUGAAAUUACUUUUAGACGCUCCAGAAGCCUUAUAUUCAUAUUUGGCUAAUCAAUCUUAUCUAAAUGCCGCUUUCUUAUGGCUUAUCACUAGAGUGGUGAAAGAAAGCUUGAAUUCAUUACCAGAAGAUCAAAAUGCGCCUUAUAUUUCUUUACUUCUAAAACAAUGGGAAACAUUACUUCCAUUUCGAUCUCAAAUAGUCCAACGUGCAACCAAUUCUUUACGUACAAAAGAUAAACUGGAUACCAAAUCACUUUCAGAGACUUUAUUAGCUAUAAUCUUAUUAGAUAAUUUACCUAUACCAGAUGCCUUGGAUUUAUUAUUAUCACAACGUACGAAAGCGUUAAAAGAUUCACUUCAACAUCCUAUCGAAAACUCUAUCCCUAAUUCAAAUGUGAACGCGACCACCGAUUCUUAUUUCAGUGUCUCACCUGAAAAGAAUAGAAAACGAUCAAAUUCACGUAUAAAAGCAGCUGCUAUCAAUCGAUCUAUAGCACAGGAACGUUCAUCCAUAUCUACCAUCUUAGUGGAUUCAGUCACUUGUAUGUUGGAAACUAUAUCUUCCGUCAAACAGGUAUUCGAAAAACGUCAAAGCAAUAUCGAAAAAUUAGAUGAAAGUUUGAUAGAAGAAAUGAUGAGAUUGAUACAGAAAGGUGAACAUUCAAUAUUCAACAAUAAUUCUUCAAAUCAUUCAAAUGGUCUUCCACCAAUAAGGAAAAAUUCCCAUCAAAGAAGAGCAUCAAGAUUAGCUAGCAUAUCAUUACCUUUCCCCUCUAAAAGUUCAACAUCAUCCUCAAAUUUGACUUCAGGUCCCCAGAGUAGACCACAACCACCGACCUCAUCAUCUCAGAUUAUACAGGAUUUACCUUCUAGUCAAAUCCUUUUGAGACAUCUACCAAAUUCAAUCAUUGGAUUCACACCUUUCAUCACACCUUCUCCUCCACCUUCAUUAAAUGAUAAAUUGAAUACAUGGCAAGAAUCUUCCAUCGCUUUGUUGAAAGAUUCUAUGCCACGUUUGCUGGCAGAUCUGAAAAACGUAAAAGAUAUUUGGGCAAUCAGAUCUUCUCUGAGUGAAUUGCUUGAAAAAGGUGCCUUUGAAAAUGCGAUCAAAGAAGCAUUGGAGGACCAAUGGGGUAAAAGGAUCAAAGAAGUUUGGAUUGAAAAAUUGGAUCAACUGGUCAAUUCAGCAGAGAAGGAGAUUAGAGAAGCUGGAGAAAAAGUUAGGAAUGGAACGGAGAAAACGGACGUCAACCCCGACUCAUUCCUGUUUACCGAUAUCGCUUUCCCAUCAGGUCCCGCAUCGACGUUCUCAGCUUCGUCUCAUAAUACAGCAUUCAAUACCUUUAAAACAACACUGGGCAAACGAUCUUCCUACCGAACACCUUUACUAGACAGCGUGCUGAUCACUCUCGAACAAGCUGCAAAAGCUAUCAAGGACGAUUUGACUGGUCUUCCAGAAUCCCUACACCAAGAAUACGCCAGUCAAGUUCAAAGUGCUCUAGUGUCAUUGAUCAAAGUACUGAGCAGUGUGUUAGAUUCAAUGGGACCGUCAAGAGGUGAUGGCAAAUCGGGUGUUGAAGCUGAGAUAUUCGUCGGAAGAGUUGCCUUGUACUUGAGCAAAGAGAGCGGUUUCCUAAAUGAUAUCGUUGUAGAAGGUGGCAUACGCCAAGAUGGCAUAGCAGAAUCGCUCAUUGAAGUUCAUGCGAAAUCAGUGAUGAGAUGGAGAGAAAGAGCCAUUCAAGAAGCCCUGGUACUACUCGCACCGUUAUUUGAACCUUAUAGAGGUUCGCAAGAAAUCAAAGCGUCAUGGCAAGGUGAAACACCUUCACCAUCACACCCAAUCAUGUUAUCUCUGCAAUCUCUUGUCGUUUCCACUAAAUCAUUAGGAAUACCGCCUUUGCAGAACACCAAGCUGCCCGUGGUGGAAGAGCUAGUGAAAGCUUUUGUGCGAACCGCGAAGGAAUUAGAAGGCUGGAGAAGUCAAGAGAGGUCGGCUGAAAGUGCGAUUCAAGCUGCGGUCGACAUCGGAUUCUUGGUGCAUUUGAGUGGAAGUAAGAUGGAACAAGAUGAUCUGGUUGGGAAAUUCCUUAAUCAAGCAUCUACGUCAUAUCCUAACUUCCAGGAAUCGUUAAAAGGAAUAACAGAACAAUCACUCCGCAAAUCACAAUUACUCCUCUACCCAAUCUUAUCUCAUUUAUCGCCAAUUUCCACACCGACAUUAGGGAGAUCACAAGGAUUAGAUUCUAGAAAUGCCGCAUUACUGCGAUUCGGUCCUCCACAGCACAGUAGAUCUGGUACAGGAACAGAAUUCAGAAGUCCUGUAGUAGCUGCUAGACCUGGUAAAAGGAUGGGAUUGUUGAGUAUUGCCGCGUAG